AUGGUGAAGCUGAUUUAUAGGUCCAUAUUCAUGACAAGUUUCUUGAUCAAACUCAAAUCCAACAUUGUAAUCUUGCUUUACAGGCCUAUGUUGCUUCUAAUCUCAGAAAAACUGAUGUUUUACACAGACUUUUGCUUGCUUUUCUCCAACAACUCAUGCAUUGUAUACGAGGGUGUAUUGUUGGAUCAACGAAUUAUAGCGGUGAAGAGAGUCAAGGAAGCUAAUCAAGGUGAAGAGGAGUUUCUCGCCGAAGUUAGUAGCAUUGGAAGACUUAACCACAUGAACUUGAUUGAGUUGUAUGGUUAUUGUGUAGAGCGAAAACAUCAAAUGCUUGUUUAUGAGUACUUGGAAAAUGGUUCUUUAGCGGAACAUAUAAAGUCUAGUAGAUUGGAUUGGGGAAAAAGGUUUGAAAUAGCUUUAGGUACCGCGAAAGGUUUGGCCUAUAUUCACGAGGAGUGUUUGGAGUGGAUUUUGCAUUGCGAUGUAAAACCGCAUAACAUACUUUUGGAUUCUAACUAUCAACCAAAGGUUGCAGAUUUUGGUUUGUCGAAAUCGAGAAAUAGGAAUGAUCCUAAAUUCUCUAGUUUUUCAAAGAUACGAGGAGCAAGAGGUUACAUGGCACCUGAGUGGAUUUUGAAUCAUUCUAUAACAUCUAAAGUUGAUGUUUAUAGCUACGGAAUAGUUGUGUUGGAAAUGAUAACUGGAAAGAGUGCAACACAAGAUGUUGAUGUGGGAAAUGGACAAGAGAAGCUAGGUUUGGUUAUGUGGUUGAGAGAGAAAAGAAAUGAAAGUAUUUCAUGGGUUAAAGAAAUUAUGGAUCCCAACAUUGAAGAAGGUUGUGAUGAAAAUGAAGUUGAAACUUCGGCUGAAGUGGCUUUACAAUGUGUUGAAGAAGAGAAAGACAAGAGACCUACCAUGAGUCAUGUGGUAGAAGUGCUUCAGAAAAUUAGCCGCGAAAAUGAUAAUCAAGAAUCAACAAGUAGUUAG